AUGGGCCAGUCCCCUCCUGGCAGCACCCCCAACCUGCUUAUUACCCCGCAUUGGCAGCAGCAGUUGUUAAAGUGCGAGAUGAUUCGUGCUUCUCGAUCCCCACACCACCGUGCUCGGGCCAGCGCUAUGGCCUCUCGAACCGUCACCAAGUCCGCCAUCCCUAUUACUAAUCCCAAUAAACCCCCACCACCGGAUCCCAACACUACUAAGGAGGCCGACGCGGUCGACGCAGGAACGAGCUCGACGACCAAUGGCACAGAACCUUCCCCCAAAGCCUUGGAGAAUCAUCCUUCAUCCACCGUUGGACCCAUCGCAGAGGCGCCUCGGCCGACCACACAACGACCGCCUCCAAAUACUUGGAGUUCCUUGGACAUGGGUGGUGUGCAGAUCAAGAACCUCUCGCCUACAUCAGGGCUCUUCUCGUUCUCUUUUCUCAUCAAUUUAUACCUCAACCACAACGCACUCACUGUCAUCCCUCCUGAGAUCUCCAAGCUCCGGCAGCUAGAGCUCCUCGAUCUCUCUGGGAACAACCUCGUCACCAUUCCUCCAGAGAUGGGGAUGCUCACACAGCUCAAGGAACUUUACCUCUUCGACAACCACCUGCAAGUCAUCCCCCCGGAAUUGGGUACCCUGCACCAGCUUCAGACGCUCGGAAUUGAGGGCAAUCCGAUCGAGCCUUCGAUCAAGUCCAUCGUGCAGAAGGAAGGCACGCCUGCACUCAUCUCCUUCCUCCGUGACUCGUGCCCCGCACCGGCGCCCCCGCCGGAACGCCAAUGGCACAGUCUGAUCACCCCUGCGGAGCGCGAAGCGAUGGAAGCUGACACGAGCGUCGAGUCCUUCAGCGUGCUCUGCUACAACAUCUUGUGCGAGAAGUACGCGACGGAGCGGCUGUACGGUUACACUCCGGCGUGGGCGCUCGCGUGGGAAUACCGCAAGGAGCUCAUUUUGUCCGAGAUCGUGAACCACAACGCAGACUUUUUAUGCUUGCAGGAGGUCGAUAAUGCGCAGUACGAAGACUAUUUCGUGAAGAAGUUAGAUGAGCGCGACUACGAGGGGGUGUACUGGCCCAAAUCCAGGUACAAGACGAUGAACGACGCGGACAGGCGGUUGGUCGACGGUUGCGCGACGUUCUUCAAGAAGUCCAAGUAUCAGCUCGUGGAGAAGCACCUCAUCGAGUUCAGCGCUGUAGCUAUGCAGCGGCAAGACUUCAAGAAGACGGACGACAUGUUCAACAGGGUAUUGACCAAGGACCACAUUGCCGUCGUCUGCCUGUUCGAGAACCGUAAGACGGGCACACGAUUUAUCAUCGCCAAUGCGCAUAUCCACUGGGACCCCGCCUACCGUGACGUCAAGCUCGUCCAGAUCGCGCUGCUCCUUGAUGAGAUCGAGAAGAUCGGGAACCACUUCGCUAAGUAUCCCCCGCGCUUGCCAACGCCCUCGCCCACGAGUGCGACGAGCGCCGGGUCUUCCUCCGCGCAGGACGACCCCGCUGCGCGCCCCGCGCCAAUCUACACGGACGGGACGAAGAUCCCGCUAGUCGUCUGCGGGGACUACAACUCGGUCCCGGAGAGCGGUGUGUACGAGUAUCUGUCGAACGGUAGCGUGCCCUCGGACCACCCAGACUUCAUGUCGCACUCGUACGGCAAGUACACGUCGGACGGUCUGCGGCACCGGCUGGGGCUGAAGAGCGCGUACGCGGGCACGGACGCGCUGCCGCUGACGAACUUCACGCCGAGCUUCCAGGGUCAGAUCGACUACAUAUGGUACUCGGCUGGGAAUUUGGCGGUGAACGCUGUGCUGAGCGGUGUGGACAAGAAGUACCUCGAGAAGGUGGUCGGGUUCCCAAACGCCCACUUCCCGUCCGAUCACGUCUGCAUCAUGAGCGAGUUCCGCGUCAAGCCGCCACGGGAGCCGCAGCCGCGCCCACCACCGCCCGUGUUUCCCAACUCCCACUGA